CAUAUAAAAAAAUAUAAAAGAGAUUCGUUACAAUUGUCAAAUAAAACUAUUUUAUUCAUGAUUUACAGAUCAAAUACCUAUAUUAACACAAUUAUUAGUUGCAAAUAUCAUGACUUAGCUAACUUUUUCUGCAGUAAAAAUAAAAAGCAGCGGCGCAAACAAAUCUUACUUAAUUAUAAUUUGUAAAAUUUUGACAAAGUUGCAAAAACCAUAAUGUAUAAAUAAAAUAUUGUGGAUUUGUUACUUUUUGUUGAACUAUAAACAAUU